AUGCAACACGCACAGUAUACUCUCGCGUGCCUAAUAUCUCCCAAGCUUCCGAUCGGACCGUCGACUGGCGAACAAAUCCCGUCCCACGAGCACCCCGGACGCAACAAACAACACGCAUCCAAUGCAACUGCACGCAACGGCCCCAUUGAACGCGUCGCACCAUCCCGAGUACCCACCGACCGGACACCGCGGCCCGACCAUCGCGAGGACAAAUCCAGUCCCCCACGCGAGCGCGCCCAAGACGUCAAGUCCCAGUGCCCACCAAAGCCCUACGCGCUGAAAGACGGGCCUUUUCGCGUUCGUAGGAUGUAA